GUUUUAAACGCACUUUACAGACAGCUAUAGCUGUGUGGUUUAACUUGGAAACAAGUAUCACAUAAGAAUUUGUUGCAUUUCUCAAAGGGGUGCUGUCAAAGUUGAGUCAAUAAAGCUCAGGGAGGGGGGAAAAGCUAUGUUCAUAUGGUUGAUACUCGCGUGUGUACUUGGAGGCUGUGUACAGAAUGUGUACACGGAAGGAGGUAAGUCUUUCGUUCAAAUGAAUGCUCUCUGUUUGUCAUGCUCCUAUUUUAUCAUUUUAUUAAGACUGGUACUAAUUUCAGUUAUUUAUUGUCUUUUUUUUUAAAAAUCCUUUACAUUAAUUUCACCUUGGUGUUGUUGGGGCAAAACAUUUUCAGACUUCUAAUUAACCCUCUUCCCGUCAUUCUAUCAAGCUGAAACUUGGCACAUAGCCUUGUUGACGAUUACAACACAUUUGAACAACAACAAAAAAUGUCUACCCCCACAACCCCCCCCCAACCCCCCCCCUCAAAAAAAAAAAUUAUUACAAAAUCAGUCUUCCUGUUUCUCAAGCGAAAGAUAAGUGAAAUUUCCAAUAAAUGAGCUUAAUGAGAUCCUUUAAAAAAAAAAAACAAUAUCCUUAGUGCAUUUGGUGCAUAAUAUUUUCAUUUUUUUUCUCUGAAAUUGAAAUAGUUUGUGAAAUAAAUCUGCUGUGUAAAGGUGGGUGGAUCAUUGGAAUAUUAAUAUAAAUUAAAAUGAUCAACAAAUGCACAUAACAUCACGGAUUAAAAAACAAAAACAGCACUUUGUUUCUGGGGGGGUUGUUAUUUUAUAUCCCCCCCCUUUUUUUUUCAAAUAUGUUCCACACUAAAUUUCUUCAACCAUUAAUAUCAGCGCUUUACACAUUUGUCCUUGGGGAGGGGGGGGCGGGGGACGACAAACUUCAUUUAAAAUUUAAAUGACAAGGUAUACGGAAAACAGCCGAGGGUUAGUGGAAUAAAUAUGGCAGAGGAGUAUCUGCUCGGAUCAGAAAGCCAUAGAGUCACUUUCUAAAUACUAACACAAAUGUGUAAAAGAAAAAAGGGUUCACUUUUUUCCCCUUUAACUGAGGAAAUAAUAAAUAUAUAUAUGUAUAUAUAUGUCGUCUGAAUUUUAUAAAAUCGAUUAAUGGCUUAUGAGAUCCGAUGCUGUAUGCAUUGACGUGAAAGUCCGUAAUCUCAAUAACAAGCACAUUUCCAUAUUAAGUCAUGAGGGAACCUUUAAAAAAAAGCACAUGGUUCAAACAGGAGUGAUUAUUAAUACACCAAUUACUCACCCAAUCUCCAGAUUUUUAGUUUUAAAAAAAAAGAACAGUUAUGUUACAGACGUAUAUAAAAAAAGGAAUAUAAUGAUACUAGAAUUAAAGAAUAAAUAAAGCUAUGAAUUUUAAUUGACUGUAGUACUGCAUUCAGUAAGUAUGCAAAUAAACUUAAAAUAGUUUACAAUUGUAAGCACGGUUUGACUUGUAAGCAUUUGAAGGCUCAAGUUUUGAUUUGAUAAAUUGUGCUAAAUUCGUGUGUGUUUGUGUACGUGAUCGGGUUGCAAAUGUCAAAUAUUCUUUUCAACAAAUCAAAAAAAAAAAAAAAAAAACUUUAAAAUUUUAAAUAAUAAAAGAAAACAUGAACUAAGUCAGACCCACUUUAUUUCGCAAUAUUAAAAAUGGAUUAAAUCAUAUAAAUUUGUGUGUGUUUGUGUAAGUGAUCGGGUUGCAAAAGUCAAAUAUUUUUUUUAAAAAAAAAAAAAAAAAAAAAAAAAAACUUUAAAAUUUUAAAUAAUAAAAGAAAACAUGAACUAAGUCAGACCCACUUUAUUUCGCAAUAUUAAAAAUGGAUUAAAUCAUACGUCAUAGAUGGUCCCCGGAAUACAUUCUAUAAUUUUUCUCGACAUCGAGAAACCGUCGAAUUUUUGAGCAUUGGAAAGGCCUUUCGCGACUAAAUUGUGUACCGGAUUCAAAUAAUAUGGCUAAAAAAAUUCUUACUGAAAUGUUAAAAGGGUUAUGGUUAUAGAAGUUUGCCACACAAAAAAUAACCAAAAAAAAAAUCAACAAAAAAAUUAAAAAUAAAGAAACAACCAUCUGUUAAAAAAAGUAAAGCCCCGUUAAUAAAAUAAAUAAUAAUAUAUUACAACUAAAUUUGUUGGAUAACCUUUAUCAUUUGUAUCCCAUUUAGAAAACAAUAAUUAUACUAAAAAAUUAAGCUUAAAUUUUAACUAUUUUUUUUUUCUCAAAAAAAUUGGUCCAGCUUUUCGCCUGGACGUCAAGCCCACUACCAUCGUACCUGGAUUUACGUCUAGGCUUGAAGUCACGUGCUUUGUGCCCCGGAAGAGCAUUCCAAACAUGCAAACGAUCAACUCGUUGAUUUUAUCCAGCUACGAGGAGAACAACAGGUCCCAGAUGAAGUACUUCGUCGCCAUCAACCACAGCAACGGGAAGACCGGCCACUUCCCCGACGGCGUGACCACCUCCGGCGCCGUCAACAACGAAUGGGACUGUUACCUGAACUUGACCUGGGACUACCCCACGCGGGAGGCUGCCAGCUUGUUCAAGUGUGAGGUCAACGGACUGAACGCGAUGUGGCGCCCCGUGACUGUCGGGCUGGACGCGUCCGUGGUCGCCCAAGCUCCCGAUCUGAACGUCCUGGUGGAGGAGUUUACGGUGAACAGGAAAGAGACUCUGAAAAUGCAAGCGGAGCUCGCUCGAGUCAGAUCGGAGCUCAGUUAUUUGAAGCAGCAAGUGGCCAUACCGCCGACGACGGACGCAAGUAUUUCUAAUACGUACAAUAAACUGCAAGCGCAGGUCACAGCGCUCAAAGAGUUCACUGUGAAAUUCGUCAACACGUCAGAAACCCGGAUGGAGGCGUCACGGGAUUCCUUGUUCCACGUUUCAGGCGUCUACGACGGUCGGCACUACUGGCUGUCCAAGCCGGUUAUAGUCAUGGGUCCGGACACGUACCAGGCGAUAUGUUCGACGUACGGCGGAUACCUAGCGGAAAUCGACGACGGCCAAGAAUACGCGUUCGUUAACGGGUUCAUCAAAAAAUUUUCCGGCGUCUCAGCCGUGCUCCUGGGAGCGACUGAUGAGGCGAGCGAGGGGAUCUGGGUGCAACGCCACAGCAAGGCAGCCAUGACGUUCACCAACUGGGCCAAAGAUGAACCGGGCGUUAACAAAGAAAGCAACUGCCUGUAUCUAUUCAAGCUCGCGGACUUCCAGUACGUGGACGGCCUGUGCUACAAGGUUGAUAUCGAGUCCCCUGAAAGCUUUUUAUGUGAGGUUCCAGUUUGAUGUUAAUCAUUGCACGACUCUGUAUUUGCCUCUUUAAAAGGAGAAGAAAUAAAGUAAAAUUCAUUGCAGAAAUAAAG